AUGUCAGACAGUUACAUCGACAAAAACACGUACGCGUACUACCACGGGGGUGGGGGUGCGCAACAAUCAAAAGACGGAAACGACACGCGAAUGGAACCGGUGUACUCACACAAAUCUCCAAAAACCGGGUUCGACGACAUUCUGAAUCUCGGCGAGGCGAUACAAAACUGCGAAAGUUUCAAGACGCCGAUAAGGAACAUGCGACCGUACGGAGGCAUGUAUCGAUGCCGAUCGAGCGGGCAAAAUAGGUUUUGUGACAUGUGUUGUGCCGUGUGUCCGGUGUGCGUGUAUAACGUGCCGUGUUGCGGGUCGGAUUCGUGUUUAUGGACCAUCUGGUGUUGGCUCGGGAUACCGUUACCGUGGUCGUUUUGUACGAUGUUUUCGUGCGAGAUGAUCGGGCCGAGCGUGGUGACGAGAGGUAAACACGGGGAGCUCGCGUGUCAGUACGUGAGAUUAGAAGAGCACGAGAAAGGAUACGGGUGCUUUGGAGCGCAGGGAUGCGAUGGUUUCAAAACCCGGGCCGGGCUCAGGGACGAUACGCCGAUGUUGUUGAAAGCCGAGCCCGGGUGCUGUUAG